CGUCCCACGAGGUGAAGAUGCUGCAGGCGGAACCUGGCCGAGCGAGCGGGAUUCGGGGGCGCUAAAGUCGCCGGGGCAGGGCGGGAAGGAAGAUCCGGAGCGGGGCACAGGAUUCGGAGCUGGAGCCCCCCAGAAUCUUCCCUCCGUGAAGAAGAGAGCAGGUCAGGACCAGUAAGGCCGGCUCCAUGUAUCCGGAAUCGACAACAGGCUCCCCAGCUCGACUCUCUCUGCGACAGACGGGCUCCCCCGGCAUGAUCUACAGUACUCGGUAUGGGAGCCCCAAAAGACAGCUGCAGUUUUACAGGAACUUGGGCAAGUCGGGACUGCGGGUCUCCUGUCUGGGGCUCGGAACAUGGGUGACCUUCGGAGGCCAGAUCACCGAUGAGAUGGCGGAGCAGCUAAUGACCUUGGCCUAUGACAAUGGCAUCAACCUCUUCGAUACUGCAGAAGUCUACGCGGCGGGCAAGGCUGAAGUGGUAUUAGGAAACAUCAUCAAGAAGAAGGGAUGGAGACGGUCCAGCCUGGUCAUCACCACCAAGAUCUUCUGGGGAGGAAAAGCGGAGACGGAGAGGGGCCUUUCCAGGAAGCACAUCAUAGAAGGUCUGAAGGCCUCCCUGGAGCGGCUGCAGUUGGAGUACGUGGACGUGGUGUUCGCCAACCGCCCAGACCCCAACACGCCCAUGGAAGAGACCGUGCGCGCCAUGACCCAUGUCAUUAACCAGGGGAUGGCCAUGUACUGGGGCACGUCGCGCUGGAGCUCCAUGGAGAUCAUGGAGGCCUACUCCGUGGCCCGGCAGUUCAACCUGAUCCCGCCCAUCUGCGAGCAGGCCGAGUACCACAUGUUCCAGCGCGAGAAGGUGGAGGUACAGCUGCCGGAGCUGUUCCACAAGAUAGGAGUGGGUGCCAUGACCUGGUCCCCUCUGGCCUGCGGCAUCGUUUCCGGGAAGUACGACAGUGGCAUCCCGCCCUACUCGAGAGCCUCCCUGAAGGGCUACCAGUGGCUGAAAGACAAGAUCCUGAGUGAGGAGGGCCGGCGCCAGCAGGCCAAGCUGAAGGAGCUACAGGCCAUCGCCGAACGCCUGGGCUGCACCCUCCCCCAGCUAGCCAUAGCCUGGUGCCUGAGGAACGAGGGAGUCAGCUCCGUGCUCCUAGGUGCUUCCAGCGCAGACCAGCUAAUGGAGAACAUCGGAGCAAUACAGGUCCUUCCGAAACUGUCAUCUUCCAUUAUCCACGAGAUUGAUAGUAUUUUGGGCAAUAAACCCUACAGCAAAAAGGACUACAGAUCCUAAGAAGCCCCCGGCCGCUUGCCCGGACACUUUCCGUUUCCCUCCUAGUCUCUCUUGUUCGCUCGCUUAAGCUGUUUUGAAGCCAUGUCAGGGGUGUGGUUUGCAUCAAAAAGAAAACAUCACAGCGAGAUGUCGUCGGGGAAAAGAUCUCAAAAGUUGCUGCAAGACACCAUUCGCUGCUUCGCGGGACCGAACUCAGAUCCAUGCCCGGGAGACCGCGUUGACGGGGCAGGAUGUUGGAGCCGUCCCGCCUGAGCCCGCCUGAGCCCGCCUGCAGCCUCUGCUCGCCCUCCAGGAAGAAAGCACCACGGCUGCUCCUGGCCUCCGCCCUUCCCAGAGACGCCUCCAGUCCAGGCCAGGCUGAGACCCGGUUGGGUCCUGGGGGCAGCAGGGCUAGCCUCGCCUCUGCUGAGGACCCCCACCUGGUGUCAGGGGUGGGAAAGAGGAAACCAGGCCUGGCUCUUCCCGUGGCCCCCUCCGCUGGGGGUCUCCCUCACCCUCCUUCUUGCCAAGGGCUCCCAGCAUUUUACGAUGGGCCUGACUCCAGAUUCAUUCUGCACCCGCUUCAGCACCGCCACCUGCCCCCACGGGUCUCUCAGGGGCUUUCCGAGCGGUCCCUUGAUCCCCACCCGCCCCCCCUUGCUGGCAGGGGCUGAGAUCCAGGAGGAUUCACUAUCAGGUGGGGCCCACAGGAAGUUCGGGGGUCUAACUGAGCUCAUAGCCCUGCCAACUUCCUCCCUGCACACAGUUGAUGAGCCCCAUGCCCAGAGCAGCCCUGAGCGCUGGGGAGGGGCCUGAGGAGCAGGCUCCAGCCUAGGUCCCUCCAGGCCCCCACCUGCCCUCCUGGCCAGGUGCUCUGUCCACCGCCCCUCUGUCCUGGCCGCACAAGGCCCUGAGGUCGCGCAUACGUAGCUGGACUGUGGCUGCCCGCCACGUGCAGGGAGCACACCUCUGCUCUGCCUGGGCAGUGGCCUCGGGUCUGCAGCGAGACGACACUUAGGCCUUCCAGGGAGGGCGGGUCCCUGGGGGUUUCUGUGCUGCACGCCCAGGGGCUGGAGGGCCUGAACAUCUAGCAGGAGCCCCCACAAUCUAGGAAAAGCCCCCCAGGAGCCUCUCCCUGGAGCAGUGCCUUCUUCAAGGCCUCCGAUCUGGUCGGGGUGAGGAACCCCAUGUUAGGGUGCUAAGUCUGGGUGCCCAGAGCUGCUUCCCUGGGCAGACAGGCAGCACUACCACCCCCGGACCUCCACACACAGCCCGGGAAGAGGUCACGAUGGCUGGGGUUAGUCAUUCCCUGCCGUGCACCCCACUCCCCCCACCCCUCCUCCAGGCUGGAACAGACUGAGGCCAGGGAGUUGGGGAAGGACAGACAGAAGCGUCAACCCCAGGCUCGGAGGAUAGAGGAGGGGAGGGGCCUGCAGCCAGGAGUCCCAGCCCCCACGGUCCUGAAGUUUCGGCCUCUGCUGGCUAUGUGGGGGUUAGGGCCGGGAGCCCACGCUGCAGGACGGCUGUGUACCUCCAGCCCGGGCGGCCCCCACCCUGACACCCCCCACACCCUCACCCCCACCACAGCAGGCACAGCCGGGCCUGCUUUGCCCUUCAGACAAGCUGCUGGUGGAGAGGCUCCUCCCUGCCAUUCUCAGAGGGCCUACUGGCCCGUCCUGGCUGGGCUGAGGCCUGAGAAAGCCACACAUGCAAGGGGGGGAGGCAGGGAGGGGGGACAACUUCCAUUCCUGACAUUUGCGCUGACCCUGGAGUCUAGAACCCUCCCUCCUCCUCCCGGACCAGGUCCCUGGGGGUCAUCUGCACAGUGUGGGUGUGGGGAGGGGGCGAGCCUGUCCCCGCAGGGCCCCCCCCACCUGUGGCCACUCCCACCACCGCAUGGGAUGGGCAGGGACCCAGUGCCCUGGGCCAGGCAGCCCUGGCAGUACCGAGGGAGCGGACUGCCCGCCCCUCACUGGGGAGAGGAGCUGGGCCCCCUUCACACUGCUGCCCCCCAGGCUGCCCACUGCCGGAGGAUGGACCAGGGCUUGCGGUGGGGCCCGAGGGAGCAGCCGCUGCCCCCUCACCAGGAGCCACACCUGGGAAGGCCCCAGGUUCACCAGAAGGAGGGGAGGGCCCUCAGAGUGGAGCCGGGCCAAGGCCGAAACGCCCAUUGUCAGGACCCAAGCAGCUUCCUGGCCCCCCAGGGCGCCGUCCACAGCCUGGUUCUGAGGUGUCCUCUCUUUCCCACAGCCACUGGCAGGGAUGACAGGGCUCUGCUUCCUGGGGGAAGGCCCCGGACUCAGAAGGGGGCUGGUGUGGGGGAGGGGCUCAGGGGGGGCCCAAGGGCAGCCAGAGUCUGGAGACAGAAGGCCAGGCAGAGGCAGGCCCUGGAGUGGCCCAGGCCCCACCGGGAGAGACCGCUCCCUGGGAGCCCCAGCUGCCCGCCCACCAGCCUCUGGCCCUCCCCUUGAGGCAGAGUUUGCCCGAGGGGGCCCCUGGGGAGCACCCCACACAGGACGGAGGCCCAGGCUGAGGGCAGGGCUGGGCUCAGUCUCCCUUGCUGACACGCGGAGCCCCCCGCCACUUCUCAUCCCAAACCCCGUGCGCAUCCGAGGUCCCGAGGAACGACAGAGGGGCUUACUCCGUCUUCUGUCCUCUUCCCGUCGUCGUGUAAAUAAUGCGCUUUUCUCCUCUCCCCGUUUUUUUAACGACUGUGACUCCUCAGCUAAGUGCAUUCCCUACCGUAGGCAGAGACGGCCUCACACCUCGUGCUCGCAGACGACACCCGGCCGAGGUACAGCCACCGUUAUUUAUGGAAUGACAAAUAAAACCCCAGCCUGUC